AUGGUAAAGGGCUUUUCAACUAAGUUGUACCAUGAUUACAAAGUGUCAUUAUUGGAAGUGAUAUAUUUAUCAUCAUUUCUCAUUAAUUUUGCACUUGGAAAGAUAGUUCAUUUGUUAUCACCUGAUGAAGAAGUUUACAAUUAUUAUAAUAACAAGAAGAAUAUACUCAAUCAGUUGUUCGUUAAGAAAGGAUGGGGGUGGACUACUUUGUUCAUUGCAUUGUUUUAUAUCUGUUUGAAUUAUCAACGUCAUAAUAGAUUGAAUUUUAAAACGAUUCAAGCCGUGAUUAUACGAUAUGGGUUAGUUACGAUCUGGUGGAUAUUCUUUACUCAAUGGUGUUUUGGCUUACCUAUUAUGGAUAAGAUAUUUAUCUUAACUGGAGGGAAAUGUGUUAUCAAUGAUAAGCAAAGUAUUCCUAAAGCAUUAUCACAUUUGAUUGAAUUUUUUGAAGAAAUUGGAUUUGAAAGUGAAGGUGGCGAUUUAGAAGCUAAUAUAUUAAAAUUAGAAUCAUCGAUUGUUUCAUCUUAUUCAUGUCGUCGUUUAAGAGGAUCAUGGGAAGGAGGUCAUGAUCCUUCAGGUCAUGUGUUUUUAUUAAUUCAUUCAUCAUUAUACUUAUUUUUAGAAGCAUUACCAUAUUGGCAAUCAUGGACAGUGUUAUUAGAUAAUAUAAGGGCAUUCCUGAGAGAGGUUAGGAGUAAUAAUAAAACCAUUCAACAAAGAGGCAUCAUUUUAUCUCAAUUCAUUAUUGGCAAUCCACAUAUUUUAAUUAUUUUAUUGAUAUCAUUAUGGUGGUUUAUGUUAUUCAUGACUAAUAUCUAUUUCCAUUCCAUAGCAGAAAAGUUGGUAGGAUUAAUAUUUGGAUAUGUUGGGGUUUUAGCCAUUUAUUAUAUUCCUCGUAUAAUGAGUAUUAAUAAAGACAACACCCUGAAAAAGGUUAUGUAA